GGGGUGGACUUGGGGAGCGGUUUCUUUGGCAAGAUGGCGGCGAGUGGCCUUAGCCGGGCUGCUGCUGCGGCCAGCACCUCGGUGAAGCCAAUUUUCAGUCGGGACAUGAAUGAGGCCAAGCGGAGGGUGCGCGAGCUCUACCGCGCCUGGUAUCGGGAGGUGCCGAACACUGUGCACUUAUUCCAGCUAGACAUCUCUGUGAAACAGGGACGGGAUAAAGUCCGAGAAAUGUUUAUGAAGAAUGCCCACGUCACAGACCCCAGGGUGGUUGAUCUUCUGGUCAUUAAGGGAAAGAUGGAACUGGAGGAAACAAUUCACGUGUGGAAGCAGCGGACACAUAUUAUGCGGUUUUUCCAUGAAACAGAAGCACCAAGGCCAAAGGAUUUCCUGUCCAAGUUCUACAUUGGCCACGACCCAUGAAGUCACCCAGUGGGAAGGUGCAUGUUGAUAUUUAAAUAUUUUACAGCACAAAUAAACUCUAUAUGAUGGUCACUUCA